UAACCAUGCAUAUCGUAUCAGUGGUUAGCUUGAUCAUCGGCAGCAUCUUUGCCUACACAUUGGCAGCUCCUCAGACCAACAGUGAUAUCCUAAGCACCGCAUUGGCCAACUUGGCCAUUCAGUUGGCUAAGCAAAAGAAUUCUACUAUUGCAAUUGGCAACGGAACGGUGACUAUUACGGGUAUUGCGAACUCCAACGCCACUGCCACUAUUGAUGGACACAAACCUGUCUGGCAACAUUAUAGUCGCCCAGUUGGCUGGAACUAUGGCUGGAUCAAUGGCUGGAACAAUGGCUGGAACGGUUUCUGGCGUGGAAAUCCCGAGGAAGAAAAUGACAUCGAAACUCCUGAGGAUGAUGAGCAAAUUGUAGAGCUGAUGUCGGAGAAUUACCCUGAGGAUCCCGAGGAUGCUGAUGAUGCCGAAGAUCUGAAGGAGGAGGAGUUCGAAGAGGAGAACGAAAUGGCAGUUUAA